UUCUCAGUUAGUUUCAUCUUUGAGUGUAUCAAGUUGAGUUUUGUUUUUAAUCAAGGCAAGAUUCUAAACUAAUUUAUAAAAGAUUUGCCUUUAAUUUUAUAAGCAGAUUAAAAUUAAGUUUUUGUCAAAGAGAAUAAAAAUAAACACAAAUAUGAAAACUAAAAGUGAGGAGUUGAAAAGCCUUCAAGUUGAUACUUACAAUUUAGGCCAAACAAGAAAAUCAAUUCCUCUUGGAGACCAAAAUAAAGCUGUUCUACGACAGGAAUUAAUGGUUCUGCUUAUGAAUCUAGGAUUAUUGACAGGUGGGAUAAGUUUGGCCAUACCAUCUGUAACCUUAAAUCAACUCACUAAUCCCGCUGAGAAUGUACAUUUGAACAAAUCACAAGCUUCUUGGUUUGCUUCAUGCAGUUCCUUGGGCAGUCCGUUAGGAGCUCUCAUGUGCGCCUUUAUGGCUGAUAGAUAUGGACGAAAAUUUACUCUAAUAGCAACUAACUUGUUGGGAAUUAUUGCAUGGGCUUUGAUGGCUUUUCCCAUAAAAUGUUGCGAUUCGGAUUUGGUGUUUUUGCAAUUGAUGGUUUCUAGAUUGAUAACUGGCCUGGUCAAGGGUCUCGGUGGGGCAGCUGCUGCGGCUUAUGGAGCAGAAAUAUGUUUACCAAAGAUAAGAGCUAGACUUAUAAAUGCCGUCACAAUGUCGAUGGCUUGUGGAGUUUUGUUCAUUUACAUUUUGGGAUAUUUCAUAAGGAAUGACUGGAAGUUUUUAGGAAUGAUCCUGUUGGCUUAUCAAUUGAUCUGCUUAGCUCUUUUGCUUCUAGUAAAGGAGUCUCCAAGUUGGCUUAUGUCAAAAGGAUACGUCGCAGAGUGUAAAGCGUCUUUAACAUAUUUUCGGGGACUUGAGAAGGGAGAAACCCACAAAGAAGUUGAAGAAGAGUUUCUCCUUCUCUCGAAUAAAUUCAAGCACUCCAUUGAAGAUCAAACGACAUCAUUUUGGGGAUCUCUCAGCCGUCCAGAACUCUACAAACCAUUUACGUUAGCUUUUAUCUUUUACAUUUUGCAACAAUUUGCAGGAACUUUUGUGGUCAUCGUGUAUGCAGUUCAAAUACUUACCAAAUCUGGCCUUCACAUAGAUCCCUUCCUGUGUGCCGUUUACAUUGGAGUAGCUCGAUUCUUUGUAGCUAGUUUUAUCAUGACCUGGAUGUUGGAGACAUGGAAUCGUCGUCAAGUUGGAAUAUUCUCAGCUAUUAGUAUGGCCUGUUGUGUAUUCCUUUUGGCAAUAUCGAAUUGGUUUCCCUGGCUUCAAAUACCUUACCUUUCUGUGGGAAUUAUGAUAGCGUUUGUAACUACAAGCGGUGGUAUUUGGAAUAUGCCAUUUGUUUUAUGUUCAGAAAUGUUUCCACAAAAUGUACGCGGUACUUGUUCUGGAAUUACGGAUAGUUUUGCUUAUUUUAUGUCAUUUGUUGUUAUAAAAAUAUUUCCCUCGAUGGUAGAUGGAAUUGGAAUCGGGAAUGUUUUUGCAUUUUAUGGUCUAAUGGCCGCUGUGACAGCAUUAUUUAUAUUUUUGUACAUUCCCGAGACAAAAGGAAAAACACUUCUUGAAAUAGAAGAAUAUUUUAAAAAUGGACAGAAAAAAGAAUCAGGAAGAAGAAAACACAAUAGGGAUGCGGAAAUGAAGGAAAUGUUCGUAAACAUAAAAAUGGAAAACGAACAGUUGGGAAGGGUUAAAAUUCGAACAGAUAUGCAAUUCAUGCUUCCUGUCAGUUGGACAUUAAUUAUUGAUGACAGAUCAAUGACUUUGCGACACCAGGAUAUUUGUCAUCAUGUCCAUCAAUAUUUUGUAGUUAAACAAAAGAAAAACAAAGACAAAAUGUCAAAGAACUCCACUGAACUCGAGUGUCUUCACAAUGGACAGUUUAAGGAAAAAAUUGUUCCCGAAAAAGAGAAACCAAUACCACUUGGUGAUAGGAGAAAAGCUGUUUUGAGACAAGAGUUAAUGGUUAUUCUAAUGAAUCUUGGAAUUCUAGUUGGUGGCAUGAGCUUAGCACUUCCAGCUGUCACCCUUGAUCAUCUCCGAGAUCCUACACAAAAAUUCCAUUUGGAUGAAUCACAAUCCUCUUGGUUUGCUGCAGCCAGUUCCGUGGCAUGUCCUGUGGGAUCUUUCUCAGGAGUCUUCUUGGUUGAUAGAAUUGGAAGAAAAAACUCAAUAGCAUUGAUAAAUAUAUUCGCUAUCAUUGGAUGGUUGUUAAUGUCAACUGCGUAUUAUGACGAUCCCAGCUUAGUCUACGUACAACUGAUUAUUUCAAGAUUAUUUUCGGGAAUUGCAACAGGAAUGGGUGGAUCCCCAGCUUCGGUAUAUGGGGCAGAAGUAUGUCUUCCCAAAAUGCGUGCCAGAUUAACAAUGGUCGCAUCGAUGGCCAUUGCUAGUGGAGUUCUGUUUGCCUAUGUUGUGGGCUAUUUUUUUAGGAAUAACUGGCGAUUUAUUGGAGUCAUCUUCUUAGGCUACCAAAUUAUCUGUUUGAUAUUAUUAAUUCCAGUAAAGGAGUCUCCCAAUUGGCUUCUAUCUAAGGGACGAGUUGUAGAAGCCAAGGCAUCUUUGUCGUACCUACGGGGAUUGGAUAUUGGUGAAACCCACGAUGAAGUCGAAGCAGAGUUUGUUGCACUUAUACAUUCUUGUCAACCCAAAGCUGGUGACAGGAAAGUAUCACUUUGGAAGUCUAUACGCCUGCCAGAAGUCUACAAACCCUUUAUGAUCGGAAUAGCCUUCUUUGCGUUUCAGCAAUUUUCCGGAACUUUUGUUGUAGUGGUCUAUGCUGUUCAGAUCAUAACCAAGGCAGGAGUUCAUACAGACGCCUUCUUAUGUGCCAUUUACGUUGGUAUAGCGAGAUUUAUUGUGGCAUCCGUUGUGAUGACAUGGGAAUUGGAGAAGUGGGGACGAAGGCCUGUUAGCAUUUUCUCAGCUGCCAGUACAGCUUGUUGCCUCUUCCUUCUAGCUUCCACUAGCUGGUUCACAUGGUUGCACAUACCAACUCUAUCGGCGAUAACAAUAGUUGCUUUUGUUUUUGCUGCUGCAGGGCAAUGGGCAAUUCCGUAUGUUAUACUUACGGAGAUUUAUCCACAAAAAGUUCGAGGAGCAUUUUGUGGACUAACAAUUGGUAUUGGAUAUUUGAUAACAUUCUCAGCGAUUAAGAUCUUUCCAGCGAUGUCACGCUGGAUGGGAAAUGCUAAUGUUUUUGCAUUUUAUGGGACGAUAGCACUCUUGACGAUCGUUUUCAUCUAUCACUUUAUUCCAGAAACUAAGGGUAAGACUUUUGUGGAGAUCGAGAGCUUUUUCCGGAAGCCAAAACGGGAAAGUCGAAUUGAUCUAGAAGCGACAGAAGUUUUUGUUAAUCAAAAGAAAAAUAUGAAGAGUUAAUGAAGAUUGAUUGAUUAUCAAAAUAAAAUAAGUAUAUAUUAA